UCCUCUUUCAUGAUUGGUUAUUUCAAUUGGUGCAUUCCUAUUCGUGAAAUGGGCGUCGCUUCGGAACCUGCUUCCUUCCGCCAUUUUGCGGCUGUCUCAAGAAGCCGGCGUUCCUCAACGAGCCGAGAAGGAAAAUAUCCAGCCGCAUUGCGGCAAUCGGUUACUUAUUCUGUACAAAGUGGAUAAGGCCGAUACAAGAUGUAUUUGUAUAACCUAACACUGCAAGGGUCUACGGCCAUCACACACGCCGUUCACGGUAAUUUCUCCGGCACGAAGCAGCAGGAGAUUAUAAUAUCACGUGGCAAAACAUUAGAGCUGCUUCGACCAGAUCCCAACACUGGCAAAGUUCACACGCUGAUGAAAAUUGAAAUAUUCGGCAUUAUCCGAUCGAUGAUGUCAUUUCGUCUUACAGGCGGCACAAAAGAUUAUUUAGUGGUCGGGUCUGAUUCUGGUCGCAUUGUUAUAUUGGAGUACAUUCCAGCCAAGAAUAUCCUAGAAAAAGUUCAUCAAGAAACAUUUGGCAAGUCUGGCUGUCGUAGAAUAGUGCCAGGACAGUACUUAGCUAUAGAUCCUAAAGGCAGAGCUGUUAUGAUUGGUGCCAUUGAGAAGCAGAAAUUGGUGUACAUUUUGAACAGAGAUGCCGAAGCAAGAUUAACAAUUUCCUCUCCGCUAGAGGCACACAAGUCUAACACUUUGGUUUACCACAUGGUUGGAGUGGAUGUCGGCUUUGAGAACCCCAUGUUUGCAUGUUUGGAGAUUGACUAUGAAGAAGCUGAUGCUGAUCCUACAGGUGAAGCUGCUCAAAAGACACAACAGACCUUAACUUUUUAUGAAUUAGAUUUGGGUCUCAACCAUGUGGUCAGAAAGUAUUCUGAACCUCUCGAGGAACACGCCAACUUCCUAAUAACAGUCCCUGGAGGUAACGAUGGACCUUCGGGGGUACUUAUCUGUUCUGAGAACUACCUCACAUACAAAAAUUUGGGGGACCAGCAUGAUAUCCGUUGCCCCAUACCUAGGAGGCGGAAUGACUUGGACGACCCUGAAAGAGGCAUGAUCUUUGUCUGUUCUGCAACACACAAGACAAAGUCAAUGUUCUUCUUCUUGGCCCAAACAGAACAGGGAGACAUAUUCAAGAUAACAAUUGAGACUGAUGAAGACAUGGUCACUGAAAUCAAGCUCAAAUAUUUUGACACUGUACCCGUUGCCACUGCAAUGUGUGUUUUGAAAACUGGCUUCCUGUUUGUAGCUUGCGAGUUUGGCAACCAUUACUUGUAUCAAAUUGCUCACUUGGGUGAUGAAGAUGAUGAGCCAGAGUUCAGCUCAGCCAUGCCACUGGAAGAGGGCGAUACAUUCUUCUUUGCUCCACGCCCGCUGAGAAAUUUAGUGCUGGUUGAUGAAUUGGAUUCACUUUCACCAAUAUUAGCUUGCCACGUGGCUGAUUUGACUGGUGAAGACACUCCGCAAGUAUACCUAGCCUGUGGGAGAGGACCUAGGUCAUCAUUAAGGGCCUUGAGACAUGGUCUGGAAGUAGCAGAAAUGGCCGUUUCAGAACUGCCCGGGUCGCCUAACGCUGUGUGGACUGUUAGGCGACACAAAGAUGACGAGUUUGACUCUUACAUCAUAGUGUCGUUCGUUAACGCCACCCUUGUGCUCUCUAUUGGGGAGACCGUAGAGGAAGUGACGGACUCUGGGUUUCUCGGAACGACGCCUACGUUGAGUUGUCACGCGCUCGGCAGCGAUGCCCUAGUACAAGUAUACCCAGAUGGGAUAAGGCAUAUUCGCGCCGACAAAAGGGUAAAUGAAUGGAAAGCUCCUGGAAAAAAGUCCAUAGUCAAAUGUGCAGUGAACCAAAGACAAGUUGUUAUUGCACUCACUGGCGGUGAACUGGUAUACUUCGAAAUGGAUCCUACUGGUCAGUUGAACGAGUACACGGAAAGGAAGAAGCUAUCGUCUGACGUGUCCUGCAUGGCGCUGGGGUCCGUGGCGACGGGCGAGCAGCGCGCGUGGUUCUUAGCUGUGGGUCUUGUAGACAACACUGUUCGGAUAAUUUCACUGGAUCCAGCAGAUUGUUUAGCGCCACGUUCGAUGCAGGCACUUCCCGCCAGUCCUGAGUCUUUGUGUAUAGUUGAUCAACCAUUCGAAUCUGGCGCCAAAUCCGCCUUACAUCUAAAUAUAGGUCUAAACAAUGGAGUACUUUUAAGAACCACUCUAGAUUCUGUUAGUGGAGAUUUAGCAGACACGAGGACCAGGUACUUGGGAUCUCGUCCAGUUAAGCUAUUUAAAGUGAGAGUACAAUCGGCCGAAGCAGUAUUAGCUGUGUCAUCGAGGACAUGGUUGGGUUACCAGUAUCAGAAUCGGUUUCAUCUAACGCCACUUUCUUACGAAUGUCUGGAAUAUGCAGCCGGUUUCAGUUCUGAACAGUGUACUGAGGGUAUUGUAGCAAUCUCGUCGAACACGUUAAGGAUUUUGGCUCUGGAGAAGCUUGGUGCUGUAUUCAAUCAAACAUACCAACCGUUGGACUACACACCACGAAAGUUCAUCAUAAACUCUGAGAACAAUCAAAUAAUUAUACUAGAAACUGAUCACAACGCCUACACAGAGGAAAUGAAGAAGCAAAGAAGGAUUCAAAUGGCUCAAGAAAUGCGGGAAGCAGCGGCUGGCGGGGCACCUGAGGAACAACAACUUGCUAACGAAAUGGCAGAUGCAUUCCUAUCGGAUGUUUUACCAGAAAACGUGUUUUCGUCACCUAAGGCUGGCGCGGGCAUGUGGGCAUCCCAAAUCCGCGUGGUGGACAUGACGACGGGUGGCAGCCCCACCACUGUGGCUCUGCUGCCGCUGGAGCAGAACGAAGCGGCCGUGUCGCUGUGCGCGCUGCGCUGGUCGGCGCACGCCGAGCACGCGGCCUUGCACCUCGUGGUCGGCGUCGCUAAGGACUGCAUACUGUCGCCGCGUUCGUGCACCGAGGGCAGUCUACAUGUCUACAAGAUUUAUAAUACGGGUAAAUUAGAAUUAGUCCACAAAACUCCAGUAGACGAAUACCCUGGAGCGUUAGCUGCAUUUAACGGGAAACUUCUAGUCGGCGUCGGUCGCAUGUUGAGGUUGUACGACAUCGGCCGGAGAAAACUACUUCGCAAGUGCGAAAAUAGACACAUUCCAAACCUCAUAGCAGAUAUUAAAACAGUCCGACAAAGAAUUUACGUGGCAGAUGUACAGGAGUCUAUAUUUUGUGUUAAGUACAAGAAGAGGGAGAAUCAGCUGAUCAUAUUUGCUGAUGACACUAAUCCUAGGUGGAUAACAAAUACUUGCAUACUAGAUUACGAUACAGUAGCAAUGUCUGACAAGUUUGGCAAUAUAGCUAUCAUGAGGCUGCCACAGACGGUCACCGACGAUGUGGACGAAGACCCGACGGGGAACAAAGCUCUUUGGGAUAGAGGUCUUCUCAAUGGAGCUUCACAGAAAGGCGAUGUUGUCGUCAAUUUCCAUAUCGGUGAAACUGUCACGUCAUUGCAACGAGCGACACUCAUUCCCGGCGGCUCUGAAGCUCUCCUCUACGCAACCAUUAGUGGAUCGCUCGGAGUACUCCUGCCAUUCACUUCUAGAGAAGAUCAUGAUUUCUUUCAACAUUUGGAAAUGCACAUGAGGAGUGAAAACUCACCACUGUGUGGACGCGAUCAUUUAUCCUUUAGAAGUUAUUAUUAUCCAGUAAAAAAUGUGAUAGAUGGAGAUCUCUGUGAACAGUUCAACUCUUUGGAGCCGGCCAAACAAAAGGCGAUUGCGGGCGACUUGGAACGGACGCCGGCCGAGGUGUCCAAGAAACUAGAAGAUAUUAGGACAAGAUACGCGUUCUAAGUUCUAGUUUAGUCUUAAUUAAUUUGCAUAAUAAUUAUAAGGAAAUAGAUGCAUUGGCUGAU